AAUUUGAGCGGGCGUUUGUACGAAUUGAAAUUUGGCAGCAUAUUGCCAGUAUUUUGUACCAAUGUAUACCGCGUGGAAUUGCAGUGUUGCAAUUGUGUAAUCAAAACAUCCCUGUGUGUACGUUCUUCUGUGACUGGCCAGCGGCGUUUUUCCAUACUCGAUACCUAUUUUCUGGCGAUACCAUUGUACUAGUUUUGUGCGGUAGCCAUUUUAAUUUUUGGCGUCGAAAAAACUACGGCGAGCGAGUUUCGCAUAUCCUGUAGUUUUUGUUUAAUUGCAUUUAACGCAAGUCAGUUUUGCUCGUGCAGGCAGCAGCUCAGCUCGUGUGUGUGUCGGAGAUACGAAACGUGUGGUUAACAGUUGUACACAGAAUCUAAUUAACUCAAGUACAGUACAAUGUCGAUGUCUGCCACGUGCUACAAGUGCAACCGGCCGGGUCACUUUGCCCGGGACUGCAGUCUCGGCGGAGGACCAGGAGGCGGCGGACCCGGUGGCGGUGGCAUGCGUGAUGGAGGUGGUGGCGGCGGCGGCGGUGGUAUGCGUCGUAAUCGUGAAAAGUGCUACAAAUGCAAUCAAUUUGGGCACUUUGCACGCGCGUGCCCCGAAGAGGCGGAACGCUGCUACCGCUGCAACGGUGUUGGCCACAUCUCCAAGGACUGCACCCAGGCCGAUAAUCCGACGUGCUACAGGUGCAACAAGCCCGGUCAUUGGGUGCGCAACUGCCCCGAUGCGGUUAACGAGCGCGGCACAGGGCCAGCAAAUGUCUCAUGCUAUAAGUGCAACCGCACCGGACACAUCUCCAAGAACUGCCCGGAGACGUCAAAGACUUGCUAUGGCUGUGGCAAGAGUGGACAUCUGAGACGUGAAUGCGAUGAGAAGGGUGGACGGAAUUAGGAGAGAGCAGCGCGAGCGCUCUCUGAGAAAUCAACGAAAAUGUUUUGUCAAAUAAAAAAAUGAAAAGAAAAAAAUA